AGAGAGACAGACAGAGAGAGAGAGAGAGAGAGAGAGAGAGAGAGAGAGAGAGAGAGAGAGAGAGCGAGAGAGAGAGAGAGAGAGAGAGAGAGAGAGCGAGCGAGCGCGAUAAGCACAGGCAAGCAGCGUGUUCGGGUUUGCAGUGGAACCAGUGACAGUGGAGAAAUAUAAGACAUAGAGGGAUCUUGUCAACCCCGGGGGAUUACUUACACAAGAGAACCGGUGUCUGUGCUUCUAUUGGGAAAUCCGCGCUCUCUUUCUGGUGUAGAUUUGCAGCCAGCGUUACUGUCAAGUGACCUAGCAGCACUAUCACUGUCGCUGUCAGCUCGGGACAGCGCACUGAGUUCGACUGGAGAGCUCAGACACCUGCUCCACUGCCUGCCUGUCCACCCAGACAAACUGUUAACUGUUCAUUGUGGGACGCAGGACCUUUCUCCUGCAUGGGCGCCUGCUGAGUUUGGACUUGUCUGCAGUGUUUUAGUCUGCUGUCCAGUACCUUUUUCUCUGGAGAAGGAUGCUGCCGCUUUCCGCGCCCUACCAACUGUUGCUUUAUUAGUUUGUGUGAGUGUCUGUGCUCAGGAGGGCUGUGUUGCGUCCUUCACCUGUUUGUUUCAGCACUGUUUUCUUUUCUUAUUGAUGAAUGUGAAAGUGAAUGCGCCGCGCUUCCACCUGCUGUACUUAACACGAUCUGCCUGUGCGCUGUGUACAGGAAGCGGGGUUGGUUUUCGUGGGCGAUGCGCGACUUGUCAGUGACUCACCGCCUCUGUUGGUAUUGAGAGCCUCUGUUCCUUUUCAAAGUUUCGCGAAGCGCUGCUGGGGAUUUCAAGUUGAAGUGUUACUGCUGUUGAGAGCACACAGCCAGCAACAGACCGCGGAAGAAUACACCACAAAGUGUAACCAGGAUCCCCUGAGUGAUUUUCAGAUGUGGCUCCGUGUUCACGUGUAUCUCCUAUGAAUUGACUGGGUUAGAGAGAAGAGAGAGAGAGGUCUGCGAGGAGAGAACAAUAGACAAAGCUGAACUUGGAUGAUAUAUAUAUUUUAACUGAAGAGUAGCUAGUUGACACUGCCAGUGUCGGGCGCUUUUCUUCCUCUCCAUCAAGCGGAAUAUACAACAGUAAUGGUUUUCCUUUGGGACGCCAAAUACGAUGCUGCCCCUGGACGCAGGUUCACGCCGCCGUCCACCACUCUGAGCCCUGGGAAAAUAAGCGAAGGCUUGCCGCUGGGGGGGCAGGAGAACAGCGCUGCCCUGGUGGGGAAACUGCGCAUUACAGACCGGAGUAUGGUGGAGGUGCUGGCAGACCACCCCGGGGAGCUGGUCCGGACCGACAGCCCAAACUUCCUCUGCUCUGUCCUGCCAACACAUUGGAGGUGCAACAAGACCCUGCCCAUAGCUUUUAAGGUGGUUGGCCUGGGCGACGUUCCCGAUGGCACGCUGGUCACCGUGAUGGCAGGAAAUGAUGAGAAUUACUCGGCAGAGCUGCGCAAUGCCACGGCCGCCAUGAAGAACCAGGUGGCCCGGUUUAACGACCUGAGAUUUGUGGGGCGCAGCGGCAGAGGGAAAAGCUUCACACUGACCAUCACAGUGUUUACAAACCCGCCACAAGUGGCCACGUACCACAGAGCCAUAAAGAUCACUGUGGAUGGACCGCGGGAGCCAAGACAGAGGUUAACGCCGCUCCCCUCCUCCCUGUGCUUCCACACGGCAGGGCACCGUCAGAAGCUGGAGGAGCAGGGGAAGCCUGGCAGCCUGGCGUUCUCGGAGCGGCUGAGCGAGCUGGAGCAGCUGAGACGCACCGCCAUGAGGGUCAGUCCGCACCACAACCCCCGCCCAGCCCUCAACCACAGCACCCCCUUCACGGGACAGCCGCACAGCCAGAUACAGGAUUCCAGGCAGAUGCAGGUGUCCCCUUCAUGGUCCUAUGAGCAGUCGUACCCGUACCUGGGUCAGAUCUCCACCCCGUCCGUCCACCCGGCCACCCCCAUCUCCCCAGGCAGGGCCAGUGGCAUGGCCUCCCUGACUGAGCUCUCCAGCAGGCUCUCCGCUGCUCCAGACCUGACAGCCUUCAGCGACCCCCGGAUGGGUAUCGAGAGGCAGUUUCCCACCCUGCCGGACAGCCGCUUCUCGGACCCCCGCAUGCACUACCCGGGAGCCUUCACCUACACCCCUACUCCGGUCACCACUGGGAUUGGGAUCGGCAUGUCAGCCAUGAGCAGCGCUGCUCGCUACCACACCUACCUGCCUCCCCCCUACCCCGGAGCCUCCUCACAGGGGCAGACCGGUGCCUUCCAGACCAGCUCGCCCCCCUACCAUCUCUACUACAGCACUUCCGCUGGCUCCUACCAGUUCUCCAUGAUGUCCGGGGGGGAGCGCUCCCCGCCACGCAUCCUCCCGCCCUGCACCAACGCCUCCACCGGCUCGGCGCUGCUCCACCCCAACCUCCCCAGCCAGAACGAGGUGGUGGAGGCCGAGGGGAGCCACAGCAACUCCCCCACCAAUAUGGCUGAGGCAGUGUGGCGGCCUUAUUGAAUCUGAGCAACUCCUCCACCAACAUGGCCGAGGCGGUGUGGCAGCCUUAUUGAAUCUGAGCAACUCCUCCACCAACAUGGCCGAGGCGGUGUGGCAGCCUUAUUGAAUCUGAGCAACUCCUCCACCAACAUGGCCGAGGCGGUGUGGCAGCCUUAUUGAAUCUGAGCAACUCCUCCACCAACAUGGCCGAGGCGGUGUGGCAGCCUUAUUGAAUCUGAAAUGAAAAACAAAACAAAACAUCAAUAUUGGUGGCCACACUGAUUUUCUUUUUUUUAAUCAAAAUAUCUGUUGACUAUGCAAGAUAUUUGGGAAAAGUUGUGUUUUUUUAUUAUUAUUAUUAUUAUUUUUAUUAUUAUUAUUAUUAUUAGUAUUAUUAUUAUUAUUAUUGUUAUUAUUAUGGACCACUAAACAGGUGGUACUAAACGUAACUGGUUAAAAAUUGUGAAUGAUUUACAUUCAGAAACGCUGUGAAUAGAUUUUUUUUUUUUGCAUUUUCAUGGGGAUGUCAUGUUUAUUGGAAGCUCUCCUCCUCCUCCUCCUCCUCCUCCCCCCCGAUGGUUUCCCUGCUCCUCCUCAGGACCUGCUUGGCUUCACAAGGGCUGGACUGAGUCAAUUCCCAGGGAAAUAGUUCAGAAUCUGUUUUUUUUCAUGAAGAAAAACUUUCUGUAGCUUCUUGUUCUUUUUUUCUUAUGAACUUCUUUGAGCUCUGAUUGAACUUGGUUGGAAUAUAUAUAUAUAUAUUCUUGUGACAUCAGAGUUACACUGUAAUUUGUACCACACACACGCACACAUAGAGACAGACACACACACACAGAUAGUCACACAGACACACACACUCACGGACACACACACACACACACACACACACACACUCACAGACACACACACAGAGAUGUGUGUGAUGGUGAAGCCAAUGUGUUCAUUGCAGUGGAUAACAUGUGGCAUUACAAACUGUUUUUUAUUUUGUUUUGUUGUCAAUGAGAUUGUUCGAAGAGUACUCUUUGUAUUUCAUUGUUUAAAGCUUACUUUUUAAAAUGCAUGUGUUUUUCCAAAGUCGUUGUCUUCCUGUAGAGAGACUGAGAAAGGGGACUGGAGCAGCACUCACUCUGUAGAGAGACUCUGAGAAAGGGAUGUGGAGCAGCACUCACUCUGUAGAGAGACUCUGAGAAAGGGGAGUGGAGCAGCACUCAUUCACUCUGUAGAGAGACUCUGAGAAAGGGAUGUGGAGCAGCACUCACUCUGUAGAGAGACUCUGAGAAAGGGGAGUGGAGCAGCACUCACUCACUGUAGAGAGACUCUGAGAAAGGGAUGUGGAGCAGCACUCACUCUGUAGAGAGACUCUGAGAAAGGGGAGUGGAGCAGCACUCACUCACUCUGUAGAGAGACUCUGAGAAAGGGGAGUGGAGCAGCACUCAUUCACUCUGUGGAGAGACUCUGAGAAAGGGAAGUGGAGCAGCACUCACUCACUCUGUGGAGAGACUCUGAGAAAGGGGAGUGGAGCAGCACUCACUCACUCUGUAGAGAGACUCUGAGAAAGGGGAGUGGAGCAGCACUCACUCACUCUGUAGAGAGACUCUGAGAAAGGGGAGUGGAGCAGCACUCACUCACUCUGUAGAGAGACUCUGAGAAAGGGGAGUGGAGCAGCACUCACUCACUCUGUAGAGAGUGCAAUCAGAUCUCCAGCAGGGUUAGAGCGUUCAGUCUUGUCAUUUCAUUCUUUGUCAAACACAAAGCCUGGGUCGAUUGUAGCACUAUUGAAGAACAAUUCACAGAAGCAAUAUUGUAACAACAUGGGCACCCAACAGAAUUUAUUUUUAGUAUUGUUUUAGGUUUUUGUUUGGAGCUGUUGGGUGUCAAUGUAGCCAUCACUGUAUUCCUAACAGCCGGGUAUUUCAAAGAUUUGUAUCUGCCUAACUUGUGAUGAUGGAUUGAAUGUUAUUGAAUUUGUUUUGUUGUUGUUUUUUUGUUUUGUUUUUUUAAAUGAAGGCAGGGAUAUUGUAUAUUGCUGGUCAACACAAAUGAUCAUUUGAAAAGCAGGGCUUUAAAAAGGAACCUUGUAGAAAAUGUAAAUGACAAGCAGGUCAGGGAUGGGCUGCAGGCAGCAUCCGGCUGGGACUUUAUCACUGGUUUGAUGUCUUACUGAUCAGGACGUUUUGUUUGGUAACACUUUCAAAUAAUGGCCCUGAAACCCUUUGAAUCCAGCAUGAAUAUUUUAAGAAUACCAUUUGAAUGCUACUAUACAUUUCAUCAGCAAAACCAUAAUAAAUUCCAAAGAAAAGAAUAUACAUUAAAAAGCUGAUAUUCCAAAAGAAAUCAAACGGACAGGAAGAAUAUUUUGUAAAAUGUUACCCUUCUUCCACUUUGUUUCUGCUCCAGGACAAGAUGUACAGUAGAUUUUAUUUUCUUGUACAGCUUGGAAAUAGAAAAUCCUUUUGUUAGUAAUGACAGAGUUUAUUAUGGUUUAUUAUUCUCACAAACAUUUGACACAAAGUGAUGUGGUUUUAUAUUUUUAUACAGUUCCUGGUCAACAAUUUGGAUUAGUCCAAUAGGGAUGAGAUUCAAACUCUCAUCUACUCUGUAAAAAUCUGUUGUUUUCAGGCCAGACGUGGAUCUUAAGAGUUUAAAAUCGGUGCCAUGUGGCUUUUCGAAGACGUCUCUCUCGUCGUCCCUGGCAAGGGCCCACUGUGGAGCUGAGGACAGGCAGGAAUCCUAAACCGUAACAUGAAACCUCAGCUGGGUUAUCAGCGAGAUUAAGUUUAUAUUUAGUAAUUUAUUAUUUAUUUGAUUUAUUUGCAUUUUGAAUCCCUCUCUGACGCAAGCGAGAUGAAGCGAGUGUCACACCCUGACCACUCGUCACUACGCUGAACUCCUUGGCCUAGAUGGAAUCAGUUGUUUGUCUAAUGUUCUUAGAGUUUUGUGGCCGGUGGUACAUAACGCUUUCCUAUGAUGAUACACUGUAGCAUUUUGUGGGCAGUGGUACAGGGCAGGCCCCUAAUUUUGGAUAACUCUCAAUCGGUCACAACAGCCAUUUGAAGUCGGUUCAGCUACUCAGGUCAAGGAGGUGCUGACUGGAAUUAAAAGGCCCUGCAGUGCUCUAGUCAUAAAACAGUUACUUGUGUUUGGACCCACAAACCAUGUUUCCCAGCCCACAGGAGCCUGCAGGGUUGCAGUUUGUGCUCCUCGUCACAUCAUGCGUGUCUCCCAUUGUGGUAAAAGCUUCCAACAAGAGCAGAAGGAACUUUUUUGCUGAUAUUUUGUUUGAGGUUGAUGUGAUUUAUUUUGUUGACAUGUCUGUAAAUAGCUCCACAAUGUUAUUGACCCUUUUAUUACACAACACUUUGCUGUUUCACCUGGGAAACUAAUUGCCUAAUUUUGUUUUAUUUUUUAAAUAUACUUUUCUGUUUUGUUGCUGAAA